AUGACCGAUCACCUGAUGGACUGGCUGCAAGACAAGGCCUUUGGCUGGUCUCACCGUCCUCCCAUCAACAAGGUCGACACUCACCAUCACUUCGUGCCUCCCUUUUAUCGCAAAGGUUCUAGCCUCAUAUGCAUGGACAUCGUUCACCAGCUUACAAGAAACGCAGCCGUAGAAGACGCCGGAGGUGACCCCAGUGGUUGGCCUACUCCCCAAUGGACGGCCACUCGCUCUGAGCUUCUGAUGAACCGUCUGGGUAUUCAAACCGCCAUUCUAUCCGUGACAGCGCCGGGUGCCUGUAUCCUGAAAGGAACAGCCUCCUUCACGCUAGCCCGCCAGCUCAACAACUACGCCGCCGAGCUUCGAGACCGCAACCCUCAACGCUUUGGCUUCUUCGCCUCCCUCCCCAGCCUCCUUGACACCGACGCAGCUCUUAGCGAGAUUACCUACGCUCUCGACACCCUACAUGCCGACGGUGUUACGAUAUUUACCAGGUAUGGGGACUCGAAUGUCUACCUCGGUCAUCCCUCACUAGAGCCCAUCUGGGCGGAACUCGACCGCCGUAAGUGCGUAGUCUUCGUCCAUCCCACGCAUCCAGUCGAUACCACCCCUGUCAAUCCCAAAAUGCCUCAACCUGUGGUGGACUACCCGCACGAAACCACUCGUUCUGCCAUGGAUAUGAUUCUGCAAGGCACUCGGUCCAAGUACCCAAACUGCAAGGUUAUACUGUCCCAUGCAGGCGGCGCGCUACCGUAUCUCAUCAGCCGCGUGGCGACGCCGAUGCGUCGGGCGCCGGAUAUGGCGGCUUCGCAUCGAAUGGGCACGACUUAUGAGCAAGUCAUGCGUGACUUUCGCAGCUUCUAUUAUGAUCUGGCGCUGUCGUCGUCGCCCCAGGUUCUGGAUAUAGCUUUGAAGAUGAUUCCGAGGGACCAUUUGUUGUUCGGGAGUGACUUUCCCUAUGCCCCUGCGCCGGCCUAUCCUGGCUUCCUGGAGGAUCUGGAGAGUUAUGAGAUGGAGCAGGGGCUGCGGGACAUGAUCAACUUCGGGAAUGCAACCAAGCUGAUUCCAAGAUUAGCCAGUGUAACUCGGCGCAAGAUUGCUCUGGCGUGUGAACCCUGUCGAGAACGCAAGUCCCGCUGCGACGGCCAGAAGCCCAUCUGCGGGCCCUGCGAGCGACGUUCUUACACCGUCGAUCGUUGCAUCUUCAAAGCUGACAAUGCGCGAUCAGCGAGUAACGAUGAUUACCUCCGCGCGCUCCAUCACCGCAUCCGAGAGCUGGAAGAGGCCUGUCGCAAAGGGGGAAUUUCCGUGCUACCAUCGGGGACAGAGGACGUCGUUCCUGGUUCACUUGGAGAGGCUGCUGCUCAAACACCCCUGAUAGGAUUAUCUCGGCCGCAUCAAGCAAUCCGGGGUCAAGCUGCGGCCUAUUGCUCGCCGCACUCUGGCACUGACCCGGUCUAUCUAGAGUCACCUGCUGCCUGCAGCAAUGUCACCGCCAUGGGAGCCAUUAAUUCGGUCGCUAGUCCGGUCGAACAAGGGGCGAAGCCCCUAUGGCGAACGAAUGAAUACUUUGGAAGCUCGUCCACCGCUUCGAUGGUGCGGUUCCUCGCCCGCGGUUCACUGCCCGGCGGUUCGAGCCCUAUCCGCACAUCACAGAAUCAAACCCGAGACGCAUCGCCGCAGGGGCGAGGUGUUUGGCCCUCAUCCAGGGUCCACGUUGACGGCUUCUUGCUUCCUCCGCGAGAUCUAGCGGAUCGCCUGCUGGAAUGCUUCUGGGAUCGGGUGUACUGUCUGUACCCGUUCUUCGACCGGACGAGUUUUCAGGAUGCGUAUGACAAUCUGUGGCUCCCGAGGAGCCAGUCGGGAAAGUCGCUGAGCGAGCUUGAUAUUGGCCUUGGAAGCAAAGCCGACUCCGGACCGCGGUCGCUCGUUUUCGUCUGCGCACUGAACAUUAUCUUUGCGCUGGGCUGCCACUUUGCCGAUGAUAUCCCGGUAACGGAGCGUGAGGCGGUUUCCUAUACCUUCUUCCUCCGGGCAAAACAGCAUAUCGGAUUGGACAUGAUGGACCUUCGAACUACCGGCGUCGUUCAGACGCUGUUGGUUGUUGCGCUAUAUCUGCAGAGUACGCCGUAUCCUCACCGAUGCUGGAACUCGAUAGGGGUGGCUUGUCGAAUUGCCCAGGGGUUAGGCCUUCAUGAGGCGCAGCUGUACGAGCAGAAGAGUCCGCUGGAGCAGGAGAUUCAGCGACGGACAUGGCAUGGCUGCGUAAUGAUGGACAUGAUCGUGAGUAUGACUUACGGUAGACCAAGUAUGACCUCGCAUCUCCCGAGUGUUCCCUUACCAGGGACCGGCGAGGAAGAACACUCUUUUGGAACCCCGUCGCCCAUGGCCUUCUACAUCUCCACCAUUAAGCUACAUCGCAUUCUCGACUGUAUCCUGUCGGACAUCUACCGGGCAUGGCGUGGUCGCAGUAGCCCUGGGUCUAGAAGACACACAACCAAACACGGAGGGCUGGACGUCAUCAUCGAGCUUGAAGAGAAACUCUUCGAGUACGAAAACAACCUUCCCCCUUUCCUCAAUUGGAACCGUCCAUUGGAUCAAGCUACCAGUCCCGAACAAUCGACUCUCCACCGGCAGCGAAACGUCCUCCACGCCAGAUACCUAUACCUUCACCUCCUCCUCUACCGACCCAUCCUCACCCAGCUCUGCUCCGAGAGUAUCCACCCGCGCACUUAUGCAGACAAUCGCCCCAGCCCCAGCUCCAACUCCAGCUCCCUAUACGCCUCUAUCCUCUCCAAGUGCGCCGCCGCCUGCGUCCGCACAGCCAUUGACCUCGUCUCCUUCGUCCACGAGACCUACCAGACUUCCGCCACCGACCCAUGGUGGUAUAAUGGCUUCUAUACUUCCACAGCAGGCAUGGUCCUCAUCAUGUCCUCCACCUGCCGCACGAUCCUGGCCGAGCUCGAAGCGAGUCUCGUACACGAAGCCUGGUCGAAAUGCGAGCAGAUCCUCACGUCCAUGAGUCCCUUUAGUGUGUCUGCGCGCAACACCCUGCUCUUCCUCAGGACGGCGCGGACUCAGGUCAUGGCGGAGAAUGGCUGUCAUGGAGAGGGCGAUCGCGAUCGCGAUCGCAAUCAGCCGCGACAGGAACAGGGACAGGGGCAGUUGCACCUGCAGGAGAACCCGUUUGUGAUUCCGGAUGGACUGUUUACGAGCCACUGGGACGCGUCUGCGGAUGAGUUGGAGUUGGGGUUUCUGGGGCCGUUUGAUUAUGGGGGGCUGCAGGGGUGGCUGGGAGACGGGUCAUAG